AUGGACCAAGUUGGAAAGGAAAGAAAGUUGCAACUGAAUGAAUUGGAUGAGAUCCGGUUGGAGGCCUAUGCAAACUCGAAGUUCUAUAAGGAAAAGACAAAGAAUUUCCAUGAUAGUUCAAUUGUUAGAAAGGACUUCGAGGUUGGCCAACAGGUUUUAUUGUAUAACUCUAGGCUCGGACUCAUGGGGGUUAAGCUGAGAUCAAAGUGGACUGGACCUUUUGUUGUGACUAAUGUUUAUCCUUAUGGUGCAGUUGAGAUCCAAGGUCCAUCCACAGUUGAAAGCUUCAAAGUUAAUGGGCACAGACUAAAGCCUUUCCUCAGCAAUCCUUCUUUGUUGGAUGCAGUGGUGGAGGAGAUGUCUUUGGUUGACCCCGCCUCUUUUCCCCUCUGA